AUGAGACUUACUCUUGCAAACGCUCUUCUUCUACUAGGCACAAUCUCUGCUUCAUAAAAGAAUAGAAUACAAAAGAUUCUCCAAUUCUUACCACAAACAUAAGAAGUCUAAUAAACAUGUUAAUCAAAUAUCAAUAGAUCCAAGCAGGAUCUUGUAGACUAUAAAACUAUUGUAUAGAGCUCACCUGAUUUUUGGAAUGAUCCAAUGUUUCCUGCUGAUUCUACUUCUAUUCAAUGGAGCGGUGAAUUUUCUGAAAAUUAACUUACUGGUCGCUUGAACACAAAUUGGCAAAGAUUAAACAAUAUAUGCCCAGAGUGCACAAUGUAUGGAAAAAGUGAUUUCUUGAAUGAUAUUGAUUAGAAUGGACUUGGUGAUUGCUAUUUCCUUGCUGGCAUAUCUUCUUUAGCAGAAGUCAACUCAAGAUUUGAAAAAAUAUUUGUAAACCCGAAAGUUAAUUGGGCAGGUCUCUACGCCUUUAAUGUAUAUAUCAGAGGCAUCCCUCAAGUUAUUGUGGUCGAUGAUGCAGUCCCAACUGGCUCUAAGUAUACCAAACCAAUAUUUGCCGGCUUAGGAUUAGAUGGAGCAAUGUGGGGUCCACUUCUAGAAAAGGCAUGGGCUAAAGCAAAUGUCAACUAUGAAAGAAUUGAAGGAGGUCAUGGAUUCUAACCCUUAGAUUUUCUCUCUAGUGCUCCACACCAGGGACUUUCUAUAAAAACAACUAGCAAGGAUGCUGUGUGGGCACGAGUCUCAGAUGCUGAUAGCAAAAACUAUAUUAUGAGUCUUGGAACUCCUUCUUCUCCUGGUGGUGAUCAAGAUACUUGCAAAUACAAUAUUGCAUGUGGUCAUGCAUACUCUUUACUAGGUGUGACGGUACUUGCAAAUGAGGACAGAAGCAUUGAAAUCAAGAUCUUUAAAAUCAGAAAUCCAUGGAGAAAAGAAGGUGAAUUCAGCGGAUCCUUCGCAGAUGGAUCAACUCUGUGGUUUACAAUUGGACCAGAUGGCAAGACCUGGGCUGAAAAAGUAAAUCUUGAGAUUACUAACGAUGGAGUAUUCUAUAUGACUCUCGAUGAAGUAAUGGAAACCUUCUCAGGAAUUGGAGUUUUUGAAUGGAGAGAAGACUUUGUAACUUCUUGGUAUGAUAAAAGAGAUGACUAGAUCUCAAAUAAAACAACACCUUCCAUUUACACUUUCACUCUAACUGAAUCAACUCCAUUGUAAAUAAGGGUUUUGCCAUAUCCUAAAAGGAUGUAUCCAGUAUCUUGCAGAUAAGGUGACGCUGAUUUCAAACUUACUCUUUUGGAUUCUAAGCGUAAAAAACUUAAUUCAAUUUCUUUCGAUGAUUCAGAAUUUCCUUAUAUCAAUUUAGUUGACACUCCAUUAGCAGCUGGUACUUACACUUUGCAAUUAUACGCUGAGUGGGACGAUAACGAUGUAAGAGACUACGGAGUUAUUAUCAAUUCACCAAAAGACAUUGCUAUCAAGGAUAUUAAGGGUGAAAUCAGCAGACCUACUAGUCACGAUUUCAACAGUAAAGAUUUAGAACCAUUAGUAGAUCAAGUACCUAAGCCUUAACUUCCAGAUUAUUCCUAAAUAGGAAGUGUUUAUGAUUUGACUGGGGAUCUUAAAGCCGAUUUGUCAGGAAUAAGAUACUCCUAAUCUCUUCUGAUAAAGAAAAACGAAGAAGGAUCUCUUUAUGGUAAUAAAGUUGUUUAGGUUAAUAAGAGGUGGGAGCUAAUUUAUUUCUAAGGUACAACAUCGAAGGAUUACACUUUCACUGGAAAUGUUAAAAUAACAACAAAACCAGGCUACACCUUCGAAUUUACCCAAGGAAAUGACAAAUGUUCAAUUACUAACAAUUUAACAAGUGGAGAUGAUUCAGUUUAAUGUACAUGCACAAUUACACCAGAAUAAUAUCCUAAGGAAUGCAUGCUUGCUUUCCUUACCAAGCCGUAUGCUGGAUAUAAAGUCUCAACUUGGACAGACCUAGAUUGA